CUUACAAAGACUGCAAGUGCUUCACACUGCUACGAGGGAAACAGUCGAGUUAAAAAGUGAGUGUGAAGCUGGAGACAUUACUUUAAAAACGGUAAAUUUGCAAAGGCAAGAUGUUGGGGCGCCCCAAGCCUGGGGACUCAGAAGAAGACCUGCUGCGCUAUCAGAGGCAGUUCCUGGCUCUGGGGGCAGAGCCAGCAGUGCGGGUGGGGCAUCGCCCCGACAAGCGCAGGGGACCCCCAGGAGCCGGCGUGAAGUCUCCUGAGACCGGGGCCACUCCCAGAGACAUUGUAAGCAUCCCUGACCUGCCAGAUCAGCUUCCAACUCUGACCCCUGCUCCACCCAAGAAGUCCCGCCUCAGAUCUGAGCGAGUGCACUUUGAAGACGAGGACCCGGAGUCCCGGCUGGACAGACACGACCGUCACGUCACUGCCGUCCUGUCCAAGAUCGUCGAGAGGGACACCAGCUUGAUCCCGGUUUGCCUCCCAGAGGUCACAGGGGCUGCUUUCCCCAAAGUCUUCCACAGGUCAGAGGUGAAAGAUGAGUCCAUGCAGGCACCAAGGCCCAUUGGCAGAAAGAGUAUUUUUGCACAGAAGAUCGCUGCCCGAAAAGCAAAGGAGGAGAGCCUGCCUGCACACUUAGGGUCUACAGGUCAGAGGGUAGACCUUCCACAGGCAGUACCCAUGGAGACUGAGCAGCCUAAUGCUCCAAUUGUAGAGACGGUCCAGAGGUCCAGCCUGGUGACAGGGCAGGGCCUGGGGAAUACAGACAGCUCCUUGGAGGUGAGGAGGAUUCACGAAGAGAAUGAAGCCAGGCUGAAAGGCAUGUCCGAGGCCGAGAUCCUGGAGGAAAGGAGGAAGUUGCUCUCACAGCUGGACCCAAGGCUGGUAGACUUUGUGAGAUCUCGCAGAAACCAGGGUGGCCCGGCCCCUGCUGCGCCCACUUCACCCCUGUGGGCAGAGGGUCCGGCGAACCAGGGGCGCACAGACACACAGGCAGACGCUGUGGAAUCGAUCCCAGGGGAAGAGCAAGCUGGGAUGGAGACGGAGGAAGAUGAACAAGACUUGGAGUCAGAGCCUGAGCCGGCAAUAACAGUGGCGGAGCUCCCGGUGAAGCCUCAGAAGGAAUGGAUUCACAUGGACAAACUGGAGCCGGAGAAGCUGGAAUGGCUGAGAGACCUACCGGCACCAAGGAAGAGAAGAACGAAGGAGGCCAUGCUGGCUCGUUUUGAUUUCUCUGGGGUUCUGAUCCCCCCCACGGAGGACCUGCCCACACACCUGGGUCUUCACCAUCAUGGAGCAGAUCCUGAGCUGGCUGGCUACUCCCUCCAGGAGCUCUUUCUCCUCUCCCGCAGUCAGGUGACCCAGCAGCGCUGCCUGGCCCUCACCACCCUGGCACGUGUUUUACACAAGGCUCGCGCAGGGAGCUUUGCCAGCUCUCUGAAGGGCAGUGUCCUUCGUGCCCUCCUGGACGCCGGCCUACUUUUUCUGCUGCGCUUCUCCCUGGACGACAGCGCGGAGGGCGUCAUGGCGGCCGCGGUGCACGGCCUGUGGGCUCUGCUGGUGGCACCCGGCGAUGAGGAGUGUCUGGACAGGACCUUUUCCUGGCUCCAUGGGGCACCCACCUUCCCCUUCUUGCCCUCCACGCAGGAGGAGGAGGAGGAGGAGGAAGAGGAAGAGAGCGGCCAGCAAAGGCCAAAGGAGACAGCCGAGAAGAAGGAAGAGGAAAAACCUGACCACGAUGUGGCCCGGGUCGAUGUUGUCAAGGGCCUGUUGAAGAUGAAGCUGUUGGGACGACUGCGCUAUAUCCUAGAGGUGGUGCGGCCGGCCCCCCGCGUGGUCCGGGACGCCCUGGAGAUUCUCAUUAGACUCGCACGCCAUUCCCCCUCUGCUGCCAGCCAGGUGCUGGACUGUCCUCGUCUGAUGGAGACUGUGAUGCAGGAGUUCCUGCCCUGCUCUUGGUCAGCUCCCCCACCUACUCUAGAGAGGCCACAUGGGCUGCCUGUUGCCGCGGCAAUGAAGCUGGUGCGCAUCCUAGCCAGCUCGGGGAGACACGCGUGCGCCAGACUGCUGAACAAACUGGGAGCCCGUGAGCGUCUGUCACGUUUCCUAGCAGUGGAGCCAGAGGAGCUCCUGCUGGAGCCAGGAGAGGCCCUGAGACUCGGCACCGAGGCUCUGAGGCUGUGGAGUGUGGCAGCUGGGUAUGGCCAGGCCUGUGACCUUUACAGAGACCUCUAUCCCAUCCUGGUCAAGGCCCUGCAGUCUGUGCCCAGAAUGGUAUCCCAGAAACCCCCUGGGGAUUCUCUCUGUAAUCUGAAUCUUCAGAGAGCGGAGGCCCUGAUCACACUGCUCACCAAUGUCACUCACACUGCUGGUUGCCACCAGGAGCUCCAGGCAGACCUUGCCAGUUCCCCUGAAGGACAGCACCUGCCCCCUCCCCCGGUAGAGUGGAGUCAUGUGACGGGGCUCCGGCCCUUCGUCGAGGGCUUGCUCAAAGCCUGUGUGAAAGGCCUAGCGGACCCAGCCCAGAGAGAGGCUGUUCUGAGCCUGGUGCCCUCACACCUGGUCUACCUGGGCGCUUUCUACACACAGCUCAGGAGGCAGGGCUCUUUCCGCCCAGUGGACUGUCUGCAGGAGAUGGAGGUCCUCACCUCAGAGAUCCUCCUGCCACUCCUGUCCCAUCAGGCUGUGCGCAGCAUGAUUGACAAGCUGAAGAGCUGCUCAGUACUCUGUAACCCCACCUCAUGCAGCCCGGGCUCAGAGACAGUGCCCAAUUUGCCUGGCCUGGCAUUGUCUGAGGGAAAGCCUCCUCUUAUCAUGGCUGAUGCCAGCUCACCCUUUCCCUUCCUUACGGGACUCUGCUACCUCCUUAAUGCCAUGACCAGCACUCACCGAGGGCUCACUGACAAGUUUUCUGCCCUGCUCCUAUCAGACGUUCUGAUUGGUUACCUGCACUCCAGUUGCCAAGCAAUGGCAGCCCUCUCUCUUUCCAAUGCCUGGCUCCUCCGACAUGAAUACCACCUGCUAUACCUGCUGUUGAAGAUUGCCUACAAACUGGUUCCAGUAAACUCAGAGGUGUCCAAGCAUGCGGCGCUAUACCACCAAGUUGCCAUGGCAAUGGUUACACGGCUGUUGCCAGGUAGUGAAUACCUGGUUCACGAUCUUCUGUCUACAGUGAUCUUUAACCACGACUUUGUCCCUGAGGGGCGCUGUGGAGGUCCAGAAGCUGCAGAUCUCUCCCAGCUGCUGCAGCUGCAGGAUAUCUCCCCCUCCCACCCUUCCCAUGGGGCACUGCUGCGGGAUGCUUGUGCUCAGCUCCCUUCAGUGCGUGGGUGCUACCUCACUCAUCUGGCUCACCUGGAACCCAGUGUGCUGAGGUCUAGGGACUCUUAUCUGGGUUGCACCCCUUACGUGAGCUCCCAGCUCCUCCCUGAGCUCACUGGGCCUGUCUUGCCGUCGGACUGGGCUUUCCUGCCACUUGUCAGCUUAUAUGAGCGAAAUGGGAAAGAGGAGUCUGGCGGGCGACCCGUGGAGACGGCUCCCACAAACUCCAUUGAGUCUGCCACACACUGCCUGCAGUGGCUGCUGGUCCUGGAGACUUGGCGUGAGGGCGCGCUAAAGGCCGUGCCACCGGCUGCCAAGCUGUGCCGCCUCGCCUGUGUGUUCUUGUGCAGCAGUGACUUGUUCCUGGAGCGUCCCGUACAGCACUACACCUGGGGGUUGCUCCAUGCACUGUGUCGCCCCACCCAGCAAGAAGCCCUAGACCUUGGGGUACCCCUACCCGGUCUAGCCUCCUUCCAUGACCUCUACUCUGCCCUCCUCACUCAGUUUGAGGGUGUUUCCUUUGGGGACCCGCUCUUUGGCUGCUUCCUGCUUCUGCCCCUUCAGAGGCGCUUCAGUGUAGCCCUACGUUUGGCUGUCUUCGGGGAACACGUGGGCCUGCUCCGCUCCCUUGGGGUCACACUGCAACAGCUGCCUGUCCCUCUAGAGCGCUUUACUUCCCCCCCAGAGGAGUCCGUGUCUCUACUGCGGAUGUAUUUCCGGACCCUAGUGACAGGGACACUACGCAGGGUCUGGUGCCCUGUCCUGUAUGUUGUUGCCCUGGCUCAUCUCAAUGCUUUCAUCUUCUCCCAAGACCUGGCUCCACAGGAGGUUGAUGCCGCUCGGAGAAGUCUCCUGAGGAAGACCUACUAUUUGACAGAUGAGACUCUGAAAAACCACCUGCUUCUGUUCAAACUGCCAAAGAGAGAGAGCGAGCUGGGUUUUGAGAUGUACGACCGGCUCCCCUCCGUCAGAGAGAGAAGGCUGGAGAGCGUGCUGAAGAGAGAGGAAAGCAGUGAGGGGGAGAGGGCUUGAGCCACGUUUCCACUUGAGGGAAUUAAAGGAGCAUUCCCAGGGACAAAGACAGCACUCAGCCUCACCAGUUGGUGCAUUCUGGCGGUCACUGCCUUUUCUUAGUCGCUUUUCAGCAAGAAGAAAGGAAAAUAAAACUGGAGGCUGAGAACUGUGUCCAGCAGACCUGAUGGAUGCAGUGCUGUAUCAAAUCUGGAUGGAUGUUUUGGAAUAAAAUCUUUUUUGAUUCAGUUUAAUGUGAAACAUAUCUUUGAUUGCUUUUUAUUUAAUUUUCUUAUUUUUUCAAUGAUUGCUGGCCAAAUGUGGAAUAUCUUGUCUUGACAGCAUUCCAAGCUGUAUGCUCAAUAACUUCCAGGCAAGCUGUGAGAGUUUGUCUGCUUUCUGGACACGCAUCACCUUCUAAUUGUGUCUGUGUGAUUCUUAAGAAAUCUCAUGCCUGUGUACAGUCAGCUUGUUCUUGGAUUAUCAACAACAUGCAUUUUGAAAUGCUGUUGUUGGCUUGUGGCACGCAGCAGUAUUCUGAGACUGCUUUUGCCACUAAUAUUGGGCAGAUUUUUGGCUUCAGUUAUCGUAGUGUUCACUAAAUGUUUUGUAUGUCAUACAAUCACUGUGCAGUUUAUUUUUCUCUUAAUGCUUCAGAUCACAUUACACUUUGGCCCAUUAACAGUCAAUGGCAGCAAAAUUAUAGAUACCCACUCAGUAUUUAAGAAGAAACAGUGUCUUAUUGUGCUUUCAGUCUACCCUAGUGAAGGCAAAGUCUGAUCUGCAAAAUGUUUUUUCUCUUUUCAAUAAACAUUGAAAUGAC